AUGACUAGUUAUCUUACAAACUACCUACCAAGUUUCAGGACCUCAUUGAACUCAACUGAAAACGUUGAGACAUUGAACUCUGGGGAACCUGGCCAAAUUAAAUACAUUGCUAUCAUUGAUACCAGCAGUGAAGUACCAGGAACAAAAGAUGAGCUGGAUGCAGAAUUGGAUAAAAAGUUGAUUGUAUUUGUAAGUGGUGAUUCACAGGUGGAAAUCAGUUCUAAUGUUAAGAUACGAUUAGCAGGGUUGAUGCAAGGCGUGUAUGCGUUUUCACUGGAGUUUAUUGCAUCCUCUAAACCAGAAGAAAAGGUGAAAAGACCAAUGGUGAUAAGUGCCGCAAGUGAAAGUUUUGUGGCGAUUCAAAUUGAAGAGUCGUACAGUCUCAUAUGUUCUAUUGCGUCCAAUGAUGGCAUUGUGCUUAAGCAAUUGCAGUUUAUACUCAACCAACAGCAUGUUUUUUUCCAAUUGUUUCACAAAUCUUUGUCUACCAUGAAGGAAGAAGCAGGAGCUGAAGUUUUGCAGAAUGUUCUGUCACAGUGGUGGAGUGGGUUCUUGCUGAAAUACAAUCAAAACUUGACCACUCGCAACAUCAAGUGGCCCAAUAUGUUCAAUUACUUAGGUUUCAAUAGCAUCAUUAUGGAAGGAUAUAAAAAAUCGUCUAUUUCCAUGUCAAACAGAGUCAAAGAUGAGUUUCGGAAGUUGAUUUUAGAAGAAGAGUUGAUACCACAUGGCCUCAUUGUUGGUUGCUUCACACCUGCGACGAAGAAGUUGGGUCUUAUUCAUGUCCAAUCAUUGAAAGAAGAAGUAGAACUCCAAUCGUUGAUAGAUGUCUACCGGUGGAUGGAAUUUGACUAUAUUACGCAAACGGAAAAUGACGAAAGUGCUGGUCACAACGGUGAUACUGAAACUGUUACCGAAGAAGAUGCUAUGAAUUUUUUAAAUCCCAUGAAUUUGACCAAUAAUCUAGUAGUUCUGCCAUGGAACAAGAUGUCCAAUAUGAUCCGCAGUGGGAGUGUAACUGAUGCAACCAAUGCUAGUGAAAACCUGUCUCAGACUAACUCCACUUCUGUUAGACCAUGGCUUUCUAUGGCUAACGUUUUUGGCACUUCUAGUGAACCCAGUAAUUCAACAAACGAAGUUGUGUCUGAUUCUGAUGACAGACAAGAGUCAUUGAACCUGGGAGAGGAUGUAUUUGGCCGUUUCUUACAUGGUAUGCAACGAGACCGAUCCAUAUUGAGAAAACUUGUCUAUCUCCCCUCGAAGAAGGAUGAUUCGGACGUGGCUACAAAUAAAUCCUCACUCGAGUCGGAAUACCAAUUAGUGACAUAUUUCCACGAUGAUAUCUACAUAACUUUGGUAUAUGACUCUCUGGACACAACUCGUCUUGACGAUGCGCAGUUCUACCUGCAUUUGGCAUCUACCAUCCUUGAACCAUUAAGGGAAGAAGUUGUUCAAUAUCAAGCGUCAACCUUGGGUACAAGCACUACAUCCAUGAACACGCUAAACUUGGCCACUAUCGAUGGCAACUUUCUAUACACGGUGUUUGACUUUAAGCACAUGCAUUACACAUCAUCAAUACCUUUAGUUCUUUAUCAAAACGAUGACAAGUAUCCCACCAUAGUCAAUAUCCAUGAUCAAUUGAUUAAGAUUUCUGAAAACUUUGAUUUCACGGCACAUGAAUUUUAUCAUAAAUUUACAUUGGGCAAUAAGCACGAUUGGAUGAGUUAUAUAAUCAAGUAUGGCACGAAAUUGAUUGUGAUUAUCAAAAAUAAUAGCAAAAAUAAUGGUUAUGCGAAUGGUGGUGGUGGUGGUGGUGGUGGGACUAUACCACCUGAAGAUCGAACUAUGGUAAAUCAAAUUGCUGGACUUGUUUCCGAUUAUGCAAGUUUAGGCUUUUUGGAAAAUCUAGGUGACGAUGUCAAGUAUUGGUUGGGUCAAGUGAUUGAUACUGAGUAG